UCACGUGGAAUACUAGCUGAGAGGUACUUAUCACGUGUCGUGCUCACAUCAGGCGGCCGCGUUUUAGUUCAGGAGCUAUCAGCCGCCGACGGGAACGUCCUUUGCGAAGCGGAAACGGGCCUUCGCCGAGAAGCGUGAAGCGGUGUCGUCGAUUUCUGGUCUGCUCGAGCCACGUUUGCGGUGAAUCUUCCCAGGAUCCUGGAACGCGAUCCGCGAAACGGGGUUACAAGCUACACGUCAUGCGAUAAAUUGCAACCAUUGGCGAAAGUUUGGCGACUGCGUCACGUCGUUCCGGCUGCGACUGCACUUGACGUCGAGUCGAGAUGCCUUCGAUCAGACCGACGCUCAGAAGGUUUCGAGCCGCUCGAAGAGCAUAGAAGGGCUUCCAGAACCGCACCCCAGCAAGUGAUUUUUGAGUCGACUCAAACACACCCCAGCCUCCAGAGCUUCGAGAGCUUCGAGAGCUUCCAGCGCAUUGCCUUUCGCCCCCCCGUACUUGUCUCGACCACAACCGCAUACUUCCAAAACUCCUCAUUUCACGGAUCGCUGGAAGACUGACGGACGGACGUGCUUGGCUUCGUCCGACAGAAGCUGCAUCUGAGUCGUUCAUUCAUUCAAGUUUCUCGUGCAAUCCACGUCUGUCGUUUGCGUAAACGCGUGUACAGCCCAAAAAUUCAGCGCGUUUCGGUCACCAAGUUACCAAGUUACAAAGCUAGCAUCACCGUAUCAGAGCCAGCUCGUCUUAGAGCUGCUGGACGGAAACCUCCCAAUUCAGUUCCUAAUUCUUUUGAGCACCACUCAAAAGUCUCGUCAACACCGUUUGCCGACUCGGACUACAUCUUUCCGAUAGCAAUGGCUGCUCGGAUCAACGCUUCCCCACUGGCAGUCGCACAAAUGCGCGGAACACUCUCCGCGCCCCUCCGCGCCCGCCGUGUCGCGUCUACCGCGGUUCAAGGUUCCGCGCGCAUUUCCGCGUUCGGAAAAUCCCGCCAGAUGCCCUACCUUGACGGCUGUUCGCUCCCCGCUACCUUCGCCAGCUGGCUAGCCGUCAAAGCCUCGCCGCCCGCCGUAGGCUUCGUCGUCGUCGCGAAUCUGGAUCGUGAAUUCGCCGUUAAUUCCGGCGCGGAUGCCACCCGGAACCCUGGAAAUAGCUGGCGGAAGGACGGCGGCCACCGCGCAACCACAAUCCGCGCGCAAGCCGCCAUACUUGCGCCGCCACCGCCGGUUGUGGAAGAGGCGGAAGCAGUGACGGACACGGGGGGAGGGGGAACAGACGGCGGAUCGUUCAGGGGCGGGAAUGGGGAGGGCGGCGGAAACAAUGGGGAUGGGCGGUGGUCGGGGGGAAGCGGAGGCGGCGCGGGAGCUGGCGGGGACGAAGGGGGAAGGGCGGACUUCGGCGCGCUCUUGGGAUGGCCGCGCGUGGAGGCGGUUCUUCUGCGAAAAGGGGUUACCCUUCCGGAAGAUAUGCUGUUACACGCGCGCGAACACGGCAUAUCGGAAGUGAUGCUACAGCGGUUCAUGGAUCUGCAGAACUCGGCCCUUGGCCCCGCUAUAAGCAACUGCGCGGCGCUCCGCAACCGGCUGCUCAUGGACCCGUCGUUCCUGUUCAAAGUCUUCACGGAGAUCGCCAUAGACUGCGGAUGCGCGACAUUUGCGGAGGUGCAGAAGCGCGGCGACGACUUCUGGAAGGAGUUCGAUCUGUACCUCUCCGAUAUGCUCGUGGGGGUCAUUCUGGGCGGCGCUGUCGUCGGCUCGCUCGCGCCAGCCGCGAGGUUCGCCACGUCAGCAGGUGGUGGGCGGUUGCCACGAAUCUUGCCGCGCGGGGUUUCUGCUGCGCUCUCGGCGCUCCCAAGCAGUGUGUUUGAGGCAUCCCUUCCUGGCCACAAGUUUUCGGCUGCCCAACGAAGCGUCACCCUGUUUGUCAAGGGCGUGGAGUAUGCAGGGUUUGGCUUUGCCUCGGGGCUUGUGGGGCAGGGGAUCGCUAAUGGCGUAAUGAAUCUCAAAAGCAACAUGCGCCAGAGGAACGGGGAGUCUGCUCAUACCGAGGACAGCCACGUCAAGCCACCCCCACUCUUCAAGACAGCCCUACUCUGGGGAGCCUUCAUGGCAAUUUCCUCGAACCCUCGGUACCAGGUCGUCACAGGCUUGGAGAGGUUAGUUGAUGGCUCGGCGGUGGCUCGGAGCCUCCCAUGGCUGUCAGGCUCGUUCACGGUGGCAGUGCGAUUCGCUAAUAACAUCUAUGGAAGCAGCCAAUUUGUGGAUUGGGCACGGCUGGCAGGCGUGCAGUGAUGCACAGUGCACAAGUUUGGCUGCAGGUUUUGGGACGUCCACCGGGUAUGCAGAGUAGGAGUUAUGGCUGAACAGCGCGUUGAUUUAGGUGGACCAGGGUGCAACAUUCAUGUUUUAGGUAGGGUAGCGUAAUACGGAGGAACAAGAUAUAUAUGGCCAUCUAAUGCAGGUCGCACCACAUGAUAAUUUUUAUACUUAGUGUGGGUAGUUUUGGUUCUUAGAAAAGCAUUUGUUGGCUAAGCAUUGCACAUUUGGGCAUGGUGAAAGUAUUUUGUGUUGAAGUAAACUCGACGGAGUUCACUUAUGGAGGGAAUCUUUGUGCUUAUGGGGUUUCCUUGGUUGGGGACUCUCUUGGGACCUUCCCUCUCAUCCCUCUCUUCCUAUCCCAACCUUUCUCUUGCUCCUUCAAAUUCCUUGGAGGGAAUCUUUGUGCUUAUGGGGUUUCCUUGGUUGGGGACUCUCUUGGGACCUUCCCUCUCAUCCCUCUCUUCCUAUCCCAACCUUUCUCUUGCUCCUUCAAAUUCCUUGUGAGAUUCUUGAACUUUGAUUGAACUCUUGAGAUUGAGUUAAGUUC